CGGGGUGCGCUCGAAAACACUUCUCAGCGACACUUCCGCCCAACAAAAGGUCGAAGCUGAGUCGAUCAGACCGAGUGGAGCUUAAGAUCACUGGCAGGCAUGGAGUUCUCCAUCAGAGCCGCUAACGUGGAGGACUGCAGGGACAUCGCGCGGAUGAUCAGGGAAUUGGCAGAAUAUGAGAAGGUGGCUGAUCACGUCAAAGUCACACAGAGAGACUUGGAGCAGGACGGCUUUUCCAAGAACCCGUUCUUUCACGGGAUUGUUGCUGAGGUGCCAGAACAGCACAGAACCAAAGAAGGCCAUACGAAGAUCGGCUAUGCACUUUAUUUCUAUUCCUACAGCUCCUGGACAGGCAGAGCCAUUUACAUGGAGGACUUGUAUGUGAUGCCAGAAUUUCGAGGGAAAGGCAUUGGUAAAGCACUUAUGAGCAAGGUAGCACAGCUGGGUUUGGCUGCUGGAUGCAACCAGCUCAACUUUACAGUUUUAGACUGGAACAAGUCGUCUCUGGACUUUUACCUCAGCCAGGGCUGCUUUGAUGUCACAGAGAAAAUGGGAUACCACUGCAUUCGCUGUGAGGGGGAGGCGCUGGAGCACCUGGCUCAGCCUUAACCCAGAUCCAGGGACUUUUAAACCUUACAGUCAGUCCAAGCAAUGCAGAACAGCCUUUGUGGCGCUUUGUUCAAAACCUAACGACCGUUACCGGAAAAUAAAUGGCUUUAUGCCAGACCUUUAGCACCUUUAGUUAAUAAUUAUUAAUCCCCUGGUCCUAAAAGCCGGUUUACAGCAAGAGAUGCUAGACUUCAAAUGGAAAUAUUAUAUCCACAAUUAAUAAAUUCCUCAAACAAUAUUUUAAAACUUAAAAAUUAAAUAAAUGUUUAUUGUGCUUCAUUUUUA